GCUGCCCGCUGCCGCCGCGACUUGAGGGCGAGCUCGGCGGCUGCCCCGCGCUUCCGUGCGCUCCUCUCUUCGUGGCUCCGCACCUGGCCGCGCGGCUCCCGGCCCGCCGGUGGGAUUUACGGCGGCCGCCUCGCCGCAGCCAACGUCUAACCCGCGCACCGCAGGAAAUUAAGAGUUCACGGAAAGCUUUAAAGAGGAGUUUUCUGUAAAGGGAAUUAACACUUUGGUGUCUUUUUAUGAAGAAGACCACCUGAAUUGUGUAACAUUCCUACAGCCAGGGGACCGGCUUCAGCGUGCAGCACAGGAGGAAUUCUUUCCUGCAUUACAAAUUGGGAAGAAGUGUUAAGAAAUGGUCCUCUCUGAGAGGUGUGGAUGUAUCAGGAUGUAGCUGCUGUACAAAGUUUAUCCUUGGAUAACUCUGGACAGAGAUAAACCUCCAUUGCUGACCUCCUGAAGAGGCGAUCCUUGUUCAGGCCCCAGCAUAAUGAAUAGUUUCCAUCACGCGUCGCUCAAGCUCCAACCUCCCAGCUACUGCAUCCCACAAAAGAGCUUGUACAAGUUACAAAGAAAGUAAUUCUUGUUAAAGGCAUUAAACCAAACAAAAGAGGCUCUCCAUUCACAGACUUUACACGAGAACAGAAACAGAAGCUGAAGCUUUUCUGCUCCUCUGCCGGUGUGCUUACAUACCAUGGUAAAUCUUUGUUGGGUUGCCCCUGGAGCAUAGUGCCUGGGAGCGAGCACCACCAGGAGGGGGCGGCCGACAGAGAAGUCGUCCAUGGAGUGAAGUAUAAGAGCAAGAGAGGAAUUUGUUUGCUGGAUAUCCUCAAGCACAAAAUUUACUCUUACCUUUAAAUACGGUUGAAAAACAAGAAGAGUAAGCUGCAGUAUUUGUAAAACGCACCAUGUGGUGUUAAGUUCCUAGAAAAACCCAAAAAAAUCUGGAGCUGGGCUCUGUUCUCAUCUGCAUUUUGUACCGUGCCACUAGGACUUUCUUGAACCUCCAGAAUAGCUACCACUGAACUUCUGGAUUUGAUUUCGAAGAUCAGAACUCAUCAUCUCAUCAUUCCUGACCAUGAUUACUGUACCCUGGAGCGUCUUCCUAAUUUGGACUAAAAUAGGGCUGUUACUUGACAUGGCACCUUAUUCUGUCACUGCCAAACCGUGCCCAUCAGUAUGUCGCUGUGAUGUGGGUUUCAUAUAUUGUAAUGAUCGCGAUUUGACAUCUAUUCCUACAGGAAUCCCAGAGGAUGCUACUAACCUCUUCCUUCAGAACAAUCAAAUAAAUAAUGCUGGGAUUCCAUCAGAACUGAAGAACUUGCGUAGGGUUGAAAGAAUAUUUUUAUACCACAACAGCCUGGACGAAUUCCCCACUAACCUCCCUAAGUACGUCAAAGAACUGCAUUUGCAGGAGAAUAAUAUAAGGACCAUCACUUAUGAUUCGCUUUCACAAAUUCCUUAUCUGGAAGAACUGCAUUUGGAUGAUAAUUCUGUUUCCGCUGUUAGCAUUGAAGAUGGAGCUUUCAGGGACAACAUCUAUCUCAGACUUCUUUUUCUCUCUCGAAAUCACCUUAGCACCAUUCCCUGGGGUUUGCCUAAAACAAUAGAAGAGCUACGCUUGGAUGAUAAUCGUAUUUCCACAAUUUCAGAGCUGUCCCUUCAAGACCUUACAAAUCUAAAACGCCUUGUUCUAGAUGGAAAUCUUCUAAAUAACCACGGAUUAGGAGACAAGGUCUUCAUGAAUCUAGUCAAUCUUACAGAACUGUCAUUGGUUCGCAAUUCACUUACAGCCGCACCAGUAAAUUUGCCAGGAACAAACCUAAGGAAGCUUUAUCUUCAAGAAAACCAUAUCAAUCAUGUGCCACCCAAUGCUUUCUCUUACUUAAGGCAGUUGUAUCGACUAGAUAUGUCCAAUAACAAUCUCAGCAAUUUACCUCAGGGCGUCUUUGAUGACCUGGACAACAUAACUCAGCUGUUUCUUCGCAACAACCCUUGGCACUGUGGGUGCAAAAUGAAGUGGGUCCGUGACUGGUUGCAGUCAUUGCCUUUGAAAGUGAACGUACGAGGGCUGAUGUGCCAAGCACCAGAAAAAGUGCGCGGAAUGGCUAUCAAAGACCUCAACGCGGAACUGUUCGACUGUAAGGAUGACAUGAGCACCAUCCAGAUCACCACCGCAGUACCCAACACACUGUACCCAGCCCAGGGACACUGGCCGGUUUCUGUGACCAAGCAACCAGACAUCAAGACCCCCAACCUAAACAAGAACUACAGAACCACGGCCAGCCCGGUACGCAAGAUCAUUACAAUAUUCGUGAAAUCAGUGAGCACAGAGACCAUCCACAUCUCCUGGAAAGUUGCGCUGCCAAUGACAGCCUUACGGCUCAGCUGGCUCAAGAUGGGCCACAGCCCUGCCUUUGGAUCUAUAACUGAAACCAUCGUGACAGGGGACAGGAGCGACUAUUUGCUUACAGCACUCGAACCAGAGUCGCCGUACCGUGUGUGCAUGGUCCCCAUGGAAACCAGCAACAUCUAUCUCUCUGACGAGACACCUGAAUGCAUCGAGACCGAGACAGCUCCCCUCAAGAUGUACAACCCGACAACCACACUCAACCGGGAGCAAGAAAAGGAGCCCUACAAGAACUCCAGCGUGCCUCUGGCCGCCAUCAUUGGUGGCGCGGUGGCACUGGUGGCCCUGGCAUUGCUGGCCCUGGUGUGCUGGUACGUCCACAGGAAUGGAGCCCUCUUCUCCCGGCACUGCGCCUACAGCAAGGGGCGCAGGAGGAAGGAUGACUAUGCUGAGGCGGGCACUAAGAAGGACAACUCCAUCCUAGAAAUCAGGGAGACUUCUUUUCAGAUGAUACCCAUUACCAACGACCAGGUGUCCAAGGAGGAGUUUGUAAUACACACCAUUUUCCCCCCUAACGGCAUGAAUCUGUAUAAGAACAGCCACAGUGAAAGCAGUAGUAACAGGAGCUACAGAGACAGUGGUAUUCCAGAUUCAGAUCAUUCACACUCAUGAUACUGAAGGACAUGAAAGACUGGUUUGCUUUUGGUUGGUUUGUUGUUUGUUUGUUUUUUUUUUUAAUAAAAAAAAAAGAGAAAAGACUGACUUUUAACGGUUGCUGUUCUACUGCAAAACACUGGAUUAAAGACUGACAAAGCAAUGUACUGUACAUUUGCCAUAUAAUUUAUAUUUAAGAACUUUUUAUUAAAAGUUUCAAAUUUCAGGCUACUGCUGCGAUUAAUGUAGUGGGGAUACCUGACCACAAUUCUAUAUUUUAGUAUUUUUUAGUAAUUUGUACUGUAUUUUCCUUGCUAAUAUUGAAGUUACAGACCAUUUAACUUUUGUGUUCUACUGAGUAAGAUGACUUGUUGACUGUGAAAGUGAAAUUUCUUGCCGUGUUGAGCAGUCAGAACAUUCAUCUGAGAUCCUUGUAAGUGUAAGCACAGGCCAUUUUUCACUUUGGUAUUAAUAAAAUAAUGUUAAACCUGGCAAAUCAGGAAGAUCAAGAAGUGGUUGCAAAAACUCACAGAACUUAAAUGUUGGGUCUGUUAAAUCUGUAAACCACGACAAUAUUCAAUAAACAAAAAUGCGUGUAGUAAUGGGCAAUAUCAGCUGUCUGGACACAUCCAUCCAACAAUGGUGAAAUCCAAUCUAAAAAGAAAAUAAUCAAAUCAAUUACAUGCAUGAGACUUAAACUGUUGGCAUGUGUAAAGAAAAAACUGACCCUUGGAAGAAAGCGUAACAAAAUUCCUAACAAGGAAUUCUAAAGAAAUGUGCUAGGCUCCACUAACCAAGGGGUAGACAGGGUGUAAGGAUGGAUUUCUGGUUAUCAGCACCAGCGGUCUGUUAGAGAGAAAAUGGUGAUGGAUGGCCACAGACAUUUGGAAGGCAGUGGCAGAGGGACAGGGAGAACACUGAGCAACUGUUCUUCAGCAGAAGGGCUGGAAGUACAGUUUGGUAAGGAAAACAAAGCAGACGAAAAGCAGGCAAGCAGUCUCAUAAAUUUUAGUCACCCAGGUCAAAAGAAAAUUGGGGAAUGCAGAUAUUUUAAAGCAUAUACUUAAAGAUCCUGUAGGUAUGCGUUAACUGUACUGCCAUUACAGUCAGGAAUACUGCCCAUUACUCUCACAGUUUUCCAGAAAUUCCUUGCUAAAUCUGUAAAGUAACGUUUCUUUCUGCCUUCCUGCUGGACUAUAUGCUAUUUCAUGUUUAAACCCCAAGCCACACUUUGUUGCCAUAAUCAUUUGUCUUUUCAACUAAAAACCAAAGUGCAUUGUACGCCCUUUGGCCGGUCUUGUAUGUGCCUUGAUCCAACGCUACAUGUAUCAAGUUUUUUAAAACAAAACAAAAAAACCCUAAAAAAAAAAAUAAAAUACCCACUUUUUCGUACAUAACUUAAAUAUGACAAACACUGGUCUCAUUGGUGAAUAAAGUUGAAAAAUCAGUAGAGUAAUGCCACGUAUCUGAGGUGCACUGACAGGAAAGCCACUCAGAAGCUACUAUUUUUCAGGUCUUAAGUUCCAUCUUUUACUUUGUUCAAUAUGGUAUCACACUUCCUGGGUUUCUGUAUUGUUAAUUACUUUAAUAGCGAGUUUUAACAGCUUCCAAUUGUACCAGUAAUGAAAGGAAGGGAAAUUACAGUUACAGCUCUCUCAGACCUUUUUCAACAAAACCACCAAUUAAAAGGUACAGGGACAUACAAAUGCUUAAUAUUUUGGAUGUUAUUUUGGACAGGAAAGAAUGUAUACCAAAUGCAGUUCAAUUUUGAGAGUAUUUUAGCAGUGCUCAGCCUCUCUGUUUCUCCAGGAGUAGUAAGGGGUGGAAGAUGACAGGACGAACUACAGGAGAUGCCAGUACUGAUGGUUUCAGCAGUCACUCAGCAAAUGACUCCUGCCAGAGGUCCAUCUGCCUGCACAGACACCAAGUUGCCAGUAACAGACAGCUCAUUUCAGCUUCAUUUACCAGAUGUGGCCAGAGAAGUUCCUCUCCAAACACUCCAUGCCACGGUUUCCAGUUUUUGAGAAGUGGAGGAGCAGCUCUGCGCUUCACCUCUCGCAGUCCCACCUGUGCUUCACGUGGAACACGGGCUGGAUCCACAGUGCCAAUGCACUGGGGAAACGAUGCUGAACAGCUCUGUGCUGCUCUGGGAGACGCACUCAGCAGGACUAUUCUGCUCUAC